CAAACCAAAUGAGUGGAUUUACAUGUGCUGUUCUUACGGCGUGUUGGGUUGUGCAGUCUUUCCCAGGAUGUGAAGUUAAGCAGGGUUUUCGUUAUGCCGAACGCCUCAUGAGGAUCCUGGAGGGAAUGUAAACUGGAUCUGAGAGAGACGCCCCAGUUUUACAUCUCAUGUUGCGAUGAAGUGUCUCUUGGAUGUACAGAGAAAAGUUGGCAGUCUGGCUAUGGUGUCAGGAACGUAGUGAUUUAGAUAUGUCUGAAUGCGAAGUUUGAAAGCUGCAGAGAAAUACUUUUCCACACUGGAACGGUUUGCGUAAAAGGCGCAAAACGCGGAACUUGAAAGCGGAAUUAUGGAUCAUUUAUCCUAACAAAAUCUGUUUGUAGCAGUCUACAACUAACGUUACUCUACUGAAGACUGAUGGAAGUUGACAGCCGCGUCGAAAACCAGCUUUAUUCAAGUCCGAGGGAUUUUGUUAAACCAAUGAGUUUAGUCAUGGACGAUCACGGAUCUCUGCCCCAUCCACGGAGCUCUGGUCUGAGGGUGUCAACCAAAAGCAGAGCACCAUCCCCGCCAGGACUAAAGAAGCUGGAUUCCCCAGGUUUCUCUCAGUGGUAUCCAGGAAACCCUCAUUUAACCAUGGACCAGAAGGAGAAUCUUAUUGAUAAAGAGCUCUCCCUGGUUGUGGUUCUGCCUGGUGGAGAAGAAAAGAUGACCACAGUCCCUGGAAGCAAACCUCUAAUGGAUUUAUUAGUGACGCUUUGUGCAAAGUAUCACUUGAACCCAUCGAGCCACACCUUAGAACUGGUCACCGCUAACAGAAAGAACACCAAACUGAAGCCCAAUGCACUCAUAGGAACUCUGGAUGCGGAGAAGAUCAUACUAAAACCCAAAGGAGAAGAUAAAAAUAAGAAGAUUAGUCCCCAGAUGCCCAAGGCAACCGUUCGAAUGGUGAUAAACUACAAAAACACCCAGAAAACUAUACUACGAGUCGACCCCCGAGUGCCCCUGGCUGAACACUUACCAGCCAUCUGUGAGAAAUGUGAAUUUGACAUUGAGACUACAGUUCUAUUGAGAGAUGUCCAAUCACUGGCCCCUUUGGACCUGUCCAGCUCUCUGAAUGAUUAUGCAAUAAGGGAGGUCUAUGCAAAAGACACUAAAAGACAACCUGCUUCUCCAGUGUGUCCAGCUUCACCGACCCAUGCAGGAACAAUCUCACCAGGAAAAAAUAAAAAUCAGAAGGAAGAAGAAAACAAAGGCCUCUUCAGCAAGUUUAGGAAAAGCAAGAAAAAAUCUGACCAGGCAAUGACAGCCAGUGCCCCAGCUUCUCCUGUGCUUGUGAGCAAACCUCGACCACUCAGCAUGGCCUUGCCGAGCUCAAAUUCUUCUCCGCUCAGCUCCCCUACGAUACUCGCCGAUGUGCCAAAGAAAAGACGUGCACCCCAACCCCCCAUCCUCGUGUCUCAGAGCUGCUCCUUGGACCUCGGCACUCGCCGGAGACUCCACUCUGAACCUAGUGCUCAAAUGGACAGUGACCUGAUGGCUGGUUUAAGUCGUGGGUCCUCAGCAGAGUCUUCACUGAAGAGAACCAAACGGAAAGCUCCUCCACCCCCCUUGUCCCCUAGUGCUGCUGUCCAAGAAACGGUUCCUCUAGAUGAAAAUGUGCAAGGGGGUUCAGCUGCUAACACACUGGAGGAGAUCAUGGAGCAAGAGGAGUCCACUGCCUCUGUAAUGUCUGCAACUGCUAGUAAUACGCAGGGAGAGGACGGCAGCCUCAAAGCGUCAGCUGAUGUUUCACUGCAGUCCCCAUCCCCAAAUACUGAAGCACUGAGCACAAUGUCCGUCGAGGGCAGUGGGGAAGAUCAGUCUUGUGAUCUGUCCUCAGAUGGCAAUCAACUGCAGAGCACAGUGAACAAUUCUGCAGCUCUGAGUGAUGUCAGGAUCACUGAUGGCACAGGGUCAACCGAACUGGCAGAUAGUGAUAUUCCAUGUGAAGUUGAAAAUGUUAGCAAACAGCCCACCUGUGAAGACUCUACACCUGAAAGUGUUAAAGGUGAUUGCAGCACUGUACCCAGCAGCCUCCCUGUGCCUGUGAUGCAGGAUGUGGAAACGCAGGCCUCUGUCAACGCAAACACUGAAACCCUGUGGGAACAGACUGACAGGUUGGAGAGCCCCGUAGCCACCAGCACAUCACGCCCCACUGGAGAGGAUGCUCAAGUGCAAACAGAUGUCACACCACUACCUGUGCCUCCACAACAGCCUGUGGACAAAGGUCCUCCGUCACCUAAUGCUCCUGCUUUUGAAUCAGCAGGGAAGAAAGAUAUGGCUACUUCGACUGAGGAACUGGACCCGCCUGACCUCAAACAUGCCUUAUCCCACACCUCUGAGACCUCAUCAUGCCAAGACUCAACACCAAGUGCCCCCGCCACGACAAAGGCACAGUCUAUUUAUGCUACAAACUCUGAGCCAAAGCCCAAGCCUUCCAACGAGCUGACAAGGGACUACAUCCCCAAAGUGGGGAUGACGACGUAUACCAUCGUGCCUCAGAAAUCUCUGGAGAAGCUUAGAUAUUUUGAAGUUGCACUGACACUGGAGACGCCUCACGGAGCUCCAGAAGAGGGACUUAAUAUUGAUUCUCUUCAGCUGGAGGAUAGCACAGCAGCGAGAGAGCAGACAGACGUCUCAAAGGAUAAAAGUGAGCUGCACUCUACUGCACCCAGGGAAGACUUUCUGACUAGCACUGUGACUACUGCUACCCAAGACACUGUUAACGGAAGUAUACCUGAAUCCAUUCAUUCCUCAUCACCAACACAUUUACCUAAAGCUGAUGUCAAGACCUCAUCCUUGGCUGAUCAGGCAUCUCAAGCAGGUUCACCAGUCAAGGUCAAGGAGGUGAAAAUUCCACCCGCAACUAAACCUAAGCCUGGUUCUUUCCGCUUGGCGCAGCACAAAAAAACACCUGGGUAUUAUGUAACGUCAGCAGCGGAAAAGAGUCUCACUGGCAGUCCUGCCUCUGGCCAGAGGGAGGCUCAAGCAAGUGCAGAGAGAGCACAGUUGCCACUCCCUCCUCCUCCUCCUCCUCCACCUCCCGUGUCAUGUCAAAAGGACACAGCAGGGGCCGCUAAUGUUGAGCUGAGUCCCACAGGGAAAAACACAGCCAUUAUGGGAAUCACUAGGCAAAGUAGUUUGCCAUCUAAAGAGCCAAGCUUAGGGUUAAGUUUGGAAAAAUUAAGGAGCUUUGCAGCUCCUAGGCCCUACUCUCCUGCAACCCCAUCACGCUUUGCUCAGGCAGUGUCCUCGGCUGUGAAAAGAAGCCAGUCCUUACCCCAUGGGCCAAAGUCUGCUUGUUUGCCGCUUUCAGCACCCGUCUCCCCAGUUACAAGUCACCCAUCAGUCCCAGAGUCAAAAGGACUGUCUAAGCUCAAGGAUGGUGAAAAGGUGGAUGGUGACAAAAGCUCCACUCUGCAGGGCGUAGAGGGUGAAGCACCAUGCGUAAGUGGGAUUGUUCUCAUGGAGGAAGAGAGCUGUCCAUAGCAGUGCCUUAAUUCUUCUGAAAACAUAUCUACUGUGGAGUUUAUCCUGUCUGCUUUGAGUUCUCUAGAACCCUUAAAUCCCAGGACACGGAAGCAGAAACUGUCUUUUGGUUUACCUCUUUUGGUAGUCUCCGACAAUGUACAUAAAAUUAUGUAUGAUGAUGAUUAAUAAUUGCUGUAUUUCAGUUUAUUUUCUCAUAUGUCAAGUAAUAUCCCUGGCUGAACUGCAUAUUUUAAUGCUUCUCUUUUCUUUUGUGUGAUGACUAUCUUGCAUUUAAUGCAUUACUGUCGUGUGUGAACAAAACCAUUAAAUGAAAACAAUUCUAUAAAUUAUUAGACUUUUUAAUGUUAUUGGGUUUAUAAAUAAUACUGGAUGCGUAGGACAGACCAGGUCUGACCUAUGGUACUCAAAUGGUCCUCAGAUUAUAUAUCAAAUAUAUAUUUAAGUAUUACAGAGUUUUGAUUAAUGCAACAAAAAUACACUGAUGUGCACAGUACACCUGUUGUUCUUGUCAAGCAGUGUUGUCAUGAAUAAAGCUUUUAUCAUUUCAA